AGUCUCCCCCAUCCUAUAAUUAUGCAUUUAUCUUGCCCUGAAGACUGGAUUCCAAGGAAAGGGAAGUGCUACUUUUUCUCUGACACUGAAGGAACCUGGAAUUCCAGCCAAAACAAUUGCUCUUUGCAUGGUGCCUCCUUGUUUGUCCCUGGUCCUCAAAAGGAAAUGGCUUUAAUAAGGCGCUUUAUGGAGCCUACUGACCACUGGAUUGGCCUUCGGAGGGAGGAAGAAGGACAGCCCUGGAAACUGCCAAAUGGUUCAGUCUUCAACAACUAGUUUGAAAUUAGAGCCAAUGGCCCUUGUGCCUAUCUGGAUAAGGAAGACAUUGGAUCAACAUGGUGUGACACACAGCGUAACUGGAUAUGCACAAAAUCCAUUCAAACUGUCUGA